GCCGGGGCUGACCAAUGGCGCAAGCGCUAGUGCGCCUCCAUCUUUGGGCCGCCAGAGUCCAGCGCUGUGGGCGGUUGCGGGAGAGCGGUGGGCUGUCAGUGCGACAGCGCGUUUCUUGCUUCGCGGCCUCGUUUCGCGCUGCCCGAAGCCGCGAUGCCUCAGUUCCAGACCUGGGAGGAGUUCAGCCGCGCGGCUGAGAAGCUCUACUUGGCGGACCCCAUGAAGGUACGUGUGGUUCUCAAGUACAGGCAUGUUGAUGGGAAUUUGUGUAUCAAAGUGACGGACGAUCUAGUCUGUUUGGUGUACAGAACAGACCAAGCUCAAGAUGUAAAGAAGAUUGAGAAAUUCCACAGUCAGUUAAUGCGACUUAUGGUGGCCAAGGAAUCCCGCAGUGUCGCUAUGGAAACAGAAUGAAUGGUUUGAAAUGAAGACUGUUAUGUUCUUGGGAAGUAAACAGCUUUUGAAACUGAGAAAGUGUUGGGACGGAAAUAUUUAUAUAACGGAGCUGUGGAAAGCUGGGAGACCAGCCUGUGUCCUAAGGUUUGUUUAGAGAGUAGGAAUGUCAGGGUUUUCAGUUAGAAAACCUUUAUUUUUGGAAACUGAAUAAGGGAUAUCUUAAAACUUUUUGCUGAUAAUUUGAUGUUGGACAAAUAUAUAGUUAUUUUUUUCUGGUAAAUUCAUAUCAGUAACUUGUUGAAGAAUUGACAAGAAAAGUUCUUUCUAGAUUGUGUUUAAGAGGAAAUAAAAUGUAACUUUUGCUGUGUUGGUAUGUGUCUUUUGAAGUGUGACAUAUAUCCGUUUCUAAUAAACACGGGAUAACUGGGAUCACCCGCUCUGCGGUGCCGAUCCGUCUGGUGUGUGAAGAGCAAGUCUCUACCUUUCUUGCCAGGUUCAAACCGUUUCCAAUGGAUGCUUGCUGAGCCAUGAGUGACUUGAAGUCUGGCUUUUAGUGACCCGAGCCAGAUGCCAGUUCUGAGUGCACAGGCAGGGUGACGACGCCGAUGACUGGGCGGCAUGUGUGCAGAGCACUGGCAGUGUAGCUCCCACUCAGACUGAGUGAAGUAUUAGCACAGCAUGCCUCUCAGAACCCUUAGGUUCCUAAUGAACCAGAAGCCCACCGUUCAUGUGUAGCUGGUGUUUGUGAAACGCUUUACCAUCUAAAGGUGAUGUUCCGUGCUGUCUGCUCAGGACUGAAGGGAAGGGGCCACAUUAAAGUAGUCUUUGUAAAAGUUGUCAUGUUGAAUAACUUGAAAUUUUUAUUAGUUAUAAGAACUCUAGUCUGCUUUAGAGAGGUCAGUAAAUAAAAUAUAAGCAUACUAUUUUUGUUG